AUGGUCGCUGUGGCCGGGCCCAAACCUUCUGGGGCGAAAUUCGGUCAGAGUAUUGUCCCUAACCUGAACAUCCGUCAAGUCUGCCCCAAUUGCAGGACGGACCCUCCCAAUAUUGUCGAAGAAUAUUCCAAGGGUGAUCUGGUUUGUGCCGAUUGCGGAACAAUCUUGGGUGACAGGAUUGUCGACACCAGAAGUGAAUGGCGUACUUUUGCGGGCGAUGAGAAUGGUGAUGACCCCUCACGUGUUGGUGAUGCCGGGAACCCGCUUUUGGGAUCCAAUCAUCUCGAUACCAUCAUUUCUCACAAAGAUGGUCGGACUGGUAUCGCGCGAGACCUUAACCGUGCCCAGGCAAGAGCCAACACUUUGGGCAACGGAAUUUACGGCAAGACCAAUGCUGCCCAGCUCUCUGCUGUCUUCUCGCGUAUCGGCGAAAAGUGCGACGCCAUGCAGCUCCCCCGAAGUGUGCGGGACCGAGCUCAGCAUGUGUACAAGAUGGUAGAUGAAGCAAAGACCAUCAAGGGAAAGAAUGAGGCAGCUGUGAUUGCGGCUUGCAUCGUCUACGCUUGCCGAGACGCAAAAGUCCACCGAACUUUCCAAGAAGUCGGCAAAGCGCUCAAGAUUACCAAGAAGGAGCUUGGUCAUGUUUUCAACAUUGUCAAAUCUACCGUCCAGUCGUCAUCAAAGGGCUCCAUGGAGUCUGUUCAUGGUUUCAACAAUGCUCAAGAGUCUGUGGAAGGUCUUCUGGGCCGUUUCACCAACUAUCUCGAUCUCGGCAAUGCCAUCUUCAAUGUCUCCAAGCACAUCUCUGGUGAAGCUGUUGCGAAGAGUGCCAUAGACGGCCGUAGCCCCGUGUCUAUCGCGGCCGGCGUAUUGUACUUUACCUGUGUUCUCUUGGGAAAACCUGUUACCGCAAAGGAGAUCUCGGUUAUGGGCGGCGUGUCAGAAUCGACUACCAAGUUAAUCACAAAAAUGGUUGCCGCCAAGGUUGACGAUGUCAUCCGUCCAGAAUGGAAAAACGAGUAUCCAGACGGCUACGCUGCUCUUGGGCAGCUGGGGAGGGCUGCUGACAUCAAAAACUCUCGAAGUGGGACCCCCAACCGUAGCGUCGAGAAGAAGCCGGAGUUGGAUGAUGGUGUGAAGAUGUGA